AGCGGGGCGAGGGCAGCGGGAGCGGCGGCGGCGGCCGCAGCCCCGCACGGCCCCGCACGGCCCCGCCGCGACACGGCGCGGCCCCCCCAGCCCGGCGGAGGAGAGGCGUGAGGGCUCUAAGGCAGGAUGCCGCUGGUGAAGAGGAACAUCGAGCCCCGGCACCUGUGCCGGGGGGCUCUGCCCGACGGGGUGACGAGUGAGCUGGAGUGUGUCACCAACAGCACCCUGGCUGCCAUCAUCAAGCAGCUGGGCAGCCUCAGCAGGCACGCUGAGGACAUCUUUGGGGAGCUGUUCAAUGAGGCCAACAGCUUCUACAUGAGGAUGAACUCGCUGCAGGAGAGGGUGGACCUGCUGGUCAUCAAAGUGACACAGCUGGACUCCACCGUGGAGGAAGUUUCGCUACAGGACAUCAACAUGAGGAAAGCCUUCAAGAGCUCCACGGUGCAGAACCAGCAGGUUGUGUCUCGCAACUCCAUCCCCAACCCGGUGAUGGAGAUGUACCAGCGCUGCGACAAACCCCCACCACUCAACAUCCUCACACCCUACAGGGAUGACAAAAAGGAUGGCCUCAAAUUCUACACUGACCCCUCCUACUUCUUCAACUUAUGGAAGGAGAAAAUGUUGCAGGCAACAGAAGAUAAGAGGAAGGAGAAGCGCAGACAGAAGGAGCAGCGGCUGGUGGAGGACUCCACCCGGGAGGUGAAGAAAGUGAGGAAAGCCCGGAACCGGCGGCUGGAGUGGAACAUGAUGGCGUAUGAUAAAGAGUUCCGGCCCGAUAACAGGUUCUCACCAUCCCCCUAUCACAUGGCGUCAUCGGAAGGAUCACUGUCCCCAGAUAAUAGAUCCUACGCGUCGGACGCGGCCGACCACUCGUACCCGGCGAGCCCCAACCACCCCGCGCAGCUGCUGGCCCCGGUGGAGCACAAGGAGGGGGUGCUGGCCCCCCCCAACCCCCAGGAGCACGUGUACCGCCCGGCCCCGGGCAGCCGCCAGAACAGCCUCAGCCGGCUGCAGCAGCCCCACGCGCCGCCGCCGCCCGAGGCCGUGCUCAACGGGCCCAGACCGCACCUCGUCAAGGAUUACGGCCCUCAGCCGGUGCCCAUGGCCGAGUACUUCGUGCCGCCGGCCCCGCCGCCCCCACCGCCCGUCAUCCCCUCGGCACAGACGGCCUUCGACAGCCCCAUCUCGGCCCCCCCUGCGCUGGCCCCCGGCUCGGCCGGGCCCCCCUCCUACGCGCCCUCGCCGCCCCCCGCGCCCCCCGGCCCCUACUCCGCGUCCCCGCCGCAGGCCGGCCCCAUGGGCCCCCCGGUGGCCCCCCCCCCGCCGCCCCCGGGGCCCCCGGCGGUCUCUGCCUCACCGGCGCACUCGGCCUCGCCGCCCGCCCCCACCGUGGAGCCUCGGAAGCCGCAGAUCCCGCUGAUGCCCAUGAGCGACGCCCGGAGCGACCUGCUGGCAGCCAUCCGCAGGGGGAUCCAACUUCGGAAAGUCCAGGAGCAGUGGGAACAAGAGGCCAAGAAAGAGCCUGUGGGCAAUGACGUGGCGACGAUCCUGUCGCGGCGGAUCGCGGUGGAGUACAGCGAGUCCGACGACGACUCCGAGCUGGACGAGAAUGAGUGGUCAGACUGAGGGGCCCCGGGCUGGGCUGGGCUGGGCUGGGCUGGAGGAGCCCCCAGCUCUGCCCUGGGUGUGUACAGGCGCCUCCCCCACCGUUGCCGUGCGGGUGGCCCCACUCAUCCAGGAGCUUUGCUUUUACACUUUGUCCAAAACCCUGCGGGCAGCAGCAGCAGCAGCACUGGUAGGAUACACCUCAGAGGCAGUGAGACCAGACAUUAGCAGCACCUUCACGUUUAAUGACUUCCAAAAUUCUCUGAAGGCAGGUUAAUAGGAUUGCUCUGGGUUUACACCUGGAGCAGGAGCAGAGGCUGGCCCUGAGUGUGCUUUGCACGAGGAGGGAGCCCCAGGGGCAGCAGUGCUUUUCCAGCUGGACGGUAACUGUGGUAACGAGAAGCUCCUGGAGAAGAAGCCUGUUUGCACAGCUGGUGCCACCAUGGGAGCUCGGGGAUGGCCCUGCAUGGGCCUGGGGACCCUCUGCUGUCAGAGUUUUUGGGGUCAGGCAGCUCCAAAGGCUGCCCAUGAGCAGGAGCCUCCUUCCCCUGAGGGUGAUGCACCAUGUUUAGCAGCAGCUCCGUAGGGAUGGUUCCCAUUGUACUGUCACUCCCUGGAGAAUCACAGAAUGGUUGGGAUUGGAAGAGACCUUUAAAGCCCGUUGAGUCCAAUCCCUUGCAAUGAACUGGGACCCCUUCCACUAGACCAGGCUGCAUGAGAAGACCAAGGUGUUGGUGACCUGAGCCCAUUUCUGUCCUUAGAACUGGUUUUCUGGGAGAAAAGGGUGAAGGCAAGGCUUGUGUGGCUGACAGGGACACACAACCUUGUCUUUGCCAGCAAAGGAUUAAGGUGUCCAGGGAGCUUCCCCAGACCCAGCUCUCCUUGGCCUUAAUGUGACACCAUUUCAGUGUUAUUUGAAAAAGAAAAAGAAGUUAAUUAGACAAUCUGCUGCUUUUAGGUAAACUCUUAACUUGCCCUUUGCAGCCCCACAUACUGUGCCUGUACGACUGAGACCAACUCAGAGUCAGGCACUGGUUCCCCCUCCCUGAUCCUGCCCCAUUCCCUAUCCCACAGGAGGGUGCUGAUGGGGGAGCUGGAGAGCCAGGCCCCUGCCACAGCACUGAAAAUACCUGUGCUCACAUCAAAAUAGAGAGUGAUUCACCCAAGACUUUUCUCCUCCCUUCAUGGAGGGAGGAGGCACAGGAAGGCAGAGAGAAGGGGUAGGGAAUACUGAAAAUAUCACAGUCAGGUGCAAAAACCUGCAGAGAGCUGGGAGACAUUCCCCAUGAGUGGAAAAUGGGCCAGGACCAGCCGUGGACUUGCCAGAGUGGUGUCCCCAGGCCCUCUCUUGUGUUCCCUUAUACCACGAGGCUCUGAAUGGGGGAAAACUGAGGCCCCAUGUUGCAGCUCUUCUGGGGAAAGCUUAGGCUCUCUGCCUGCCUCUCUGCCUCUCCCAGUAGCCAUAUAGGUGAUGGCUACAACAGUAGGAUUUUGACUCUCCAGAAGCAACCAGGCCAGUAAAGGAGGUGGGAGGGUAUGGCUGGGACCCAAAGGCUCAUCCUUAAGUUCAUAGAAUCCUAGAGUGCUUUGGGUUGGAAGGGACCUUACAUCUCACCUCAUUCCAAUCCCAUGCCAUGGGCAGGGACACUUUCCUCUAGACCAGGUUGCUGGUUCCUCACCCUGAGAAGUGCUGGUGUUGAACAACACCCCAAACAUCUGCUCAUUUCUCCCCGGUGAGAAACUUUUCAUGGCCAGAUGUGGUGAAUCCUCUGCCCAGCUGCUGAGAAAUGCCCCCAGGAGCUCUCCUUUCUCUUGGCUGCCACAAAAUGGUCUCUUGUCCCUUGGGAGUGACACCUCCCACAUCUCCACUCCUGGACUGUGAGCUGUGGUGCCGAGUGGGCUUGAGCAGAGGGGCAGCAUGGAUGUGGGAGAGGGCAAGGCAAGAAGCAGAAGUGCAAUAGGAUGCAUGGAAUAGCUCAUCUACAAAACCCAAGGAAGCAGGGCUGACCAAAGGAGGCAGGGAGACACAGUGCACCAGGAGGUCAGGAAAUUCCUGAUGCUUGGUGCUCGCCAAGAGCUCUCGUUUCUGAUGUAGACCCUCUGAAACACAGGGAACUGGCUGCAAAAGCUUUUGGCCAAAGCCUGGCCAAGACAGAGAGCCCCUGUGAUGCCUGUGAUGGGCCUUCCUUGGGAAAGCAGCUGGGAUUUGACCUGGAACAUGUUCAGAAGGAAGUGUUGUAAAAAUUCAGAGCAACAUUUCAGCAGAUUCCUGGUGGUAUUUAUUGUGGAGUGUUAUUAACGUAGACACAAUCGUAAUCCUGUUUGUGUGUGAAGAGAAAGUGGAUUUAUUUGGAUAAUUUAGAAAAAGUAAUAAAUUUUAUGAGGAGAGGGAAUAGCAGGGGCUGGGGGAGCUGCUCUCACCUGUUAUGGGGGUCGAAGGGCUGCAGAGUCACUGGGGGGAACUGAGUGGGGGCUCAGGCAGAGCCGAGUCCCACCAGCCCUAGGAAAGGGCUCAGGGACACAUGGGACUGGCUUGUCCCUUGGAUCUCUGACUGGCCCAAUUCUGCAAAGCCGAGCCAGUCCUGGUGAGAACUGGAGAGUGGUCGAGUGCCCCUGGAAGAUCAAGCCCCUUCUUUUCGUGCACCAGUUGCUUUGUGUGUGUCACAUUGGAACUGUGGUCAUUCUGGCAGGACUCUGGUGUGUGGCAGGUCAGGACUGUCCCUGUAGCCUCCCACUGCCCUGUCACCUCCCCACAGCUGUGCUGCACUUGGGAUUGGCAGCUGUCAGUCAACCCAUGCCAGUGUCAGGGUCGAUGCUGUUCUAUGGCAAAACGCUUGACAGUCAGAAUGGCUUGGGUUGGAAGGGACCUUGAAGGUCAUCUAGUUCCCUCAGUCCUUGCCUGCCCUGUGCACAGGCCACAUCUGCAGAGUGGGUGUACAGCUGGGAGCCUCAGGAGGGCAGGUAGCAAGGCUCCCCUGCCCACUCUUCCUCACACCAUCCUCUCCCCUUUGGACAUCCCAGCACAUCCUCACCAUUCAUAUUCUGCUUACAAUCUCCAGCCCUUGAUAACACAAACACAUUUCAUGUGCUCAAGUCCAAAGCAAGUCAGCAGGACCAUAACCUCCCAGCGUUGCCCAUUGCUUGAAAACAUCAUGAUCCUCCUCUUCCAGGGAUCUGAUCCCCCGCCCCAUCCUCAUCCCAGUGAGAUCUGCAGCAGAGCUCAUUGCUCAGCUUUCUGCUGUAGCUGGUGGAGAGGUGACCUGUGUAGUCAGGGUGGGCUGUAGAACCCAUUUCUGGUCUGGUCACAGUGAUGCUCUUCCCAACUCUCCCAACAGCACCACAAGGCAGGCAAGCACCCGGAAUUGCUAAGGUUGGAAAAGACCUCUAAGAUCAUCAGAUCAGACCAUUAAUACCACAUGGUGGCACUGAGAGCCCCGAUCUCAUGACACAGCCACUGCAUCCUCAGAACCUUCACCUGACAGUUCAGCCAUGCUGGAGCAUGACCAGCUUUAUUUUAGGCACAUUCAUCUGCUUUUUGCCCAGGUGACCUAUGAAAUCCAACAGAAGCAACACCAGUUCCUGGGCUGGCGCUGCUGGAGUUGGUUGUGCCCCACUUGUUAACACUGUCUGUCUGACCCACAUGCUGCACACUCCAUAUUUUGUACAUAUGUGCCUGUUCCCGGAUAUUCUUCCCAAAGUAGGCCAUGCUGUGUUACACAACCUGAAAUGCUCAAAUCCUCAUGUGGGCUGAUAUGAAAGUGAAUAUUUAAAUAUUUUAUCUAGCUUGGCAGACAUUAAAAAAUACAAUCCAGGUCACAGAUGAUUGAAUUUCUCCUCUCUCAAGAGUACCAGAAUUGGGCUGAGGAGAUUCUCCUGUAUAUUAAGGUAUCAUGUUCCAUGUUAAAAUAUAGCAGUGGCAUUUCUUUGCCAGUGGAUAAUCACGGAGUGCCAAACAUUUAAUGAGCCCAACUGAUCUCCUGAGAGCUCCUCUUUCCAUUUUAUCUGCUUUCCCCUACUUGCCAAUUUAUGGGCAUAGAUUAAAAAUAAUAAAUAUGACUGCCAACAGGGGGAAGAACACCCUGAGUGCAUACAGAUGGAUUGGGCUGGAGUCAGUGGAAUAGUAAAUAAGCCAGUUUUGUUCUGCUUGGAGAUAUUAAUGGAAGGCUGUGGUCCUUGAGCUCCAUCAGGAACCUCUUGGACAUUUCUGGUUCAUCUAAAAACGGACACUGUAGGGACCAGCAUGUCCAUGGCACAUCUGUGAACCUACACCAAGUGUGAAGUCUGGUCUUGCUCAAGUUUCUGAAGGUUGGUGGAAGUCUAGCAGUGUUCAUGCCUGGCCUUGCACUCAGCGUCUCCUUGGGUUAGAGGGACCAUUGGAGCUGGCUCUGGAUGCUGGUUAGAGGUGUCCUGAAGGAGGAAUGGAUUGGGUAGUUUCUAACUUUGCACCCUGGGAAGAAACCUAGAGAGGAGUGAGCAUCACAUCCCAUGAGAGCUCCUGCUUCUGCUGAUGUUUUUUCUGGGGAAGGUCUUGCUCCUGGUGCAAACAUGAGGCUGAACUUGGCUUCUCCAGAGAGCUCCCUCAAAUUUCCUCCCAGCAACUUUUUCAUCUCUGUUUCCCUUUCAAGACACCCAACAGCCUGAACAGAAGCUUUGCAGACUCCCUUGGGGACAGAGCCUGAACUUACACCUCAGCUUUAAUGAUAAAUGGAAGUUUUGCUUGGAGGGAGGCAGGUUGUAGCACCGGAGGUGGUGUUUUGGAGGGUGAAUUCCAGAGGUCCAUGGCUGGCAGGGACACAGUGCCAUUUCCUUGUGGAUGGACCAUGUUUGGCCAUGGGAAGCACUCCCCAUCAUGGGAUGCUGGCAAGGGGAGCACAGGCUGUUCCUUUCACUGAGAUUCCUGUUUUCCUGUAGUAAUAGUUAUUUAGGGGUAAGGUUUUCUCAGCUGGAAUGUCACUUUACAGAUUAAAACCCCAAAACAAUAAGGGCAAGGAGUCUGUCCUGAGGAGUUUACAGUCUACAGCAAAGACAAUAUAACCUGCACUGCACUUUAGGAGCCUCAAAUGCUCACUCACCCGUGAAUUUACUCUCCACUGGGCAGCAGCACCUCAAGGACUGUUGUCCCUUCCUUAGGUGACCCCACGAGCAGCCCCAUGACCACAUCCCCCCGCUGAUGUCACAGUGGGGCUCUCCUGCCCCUCCACUACUGCCCUGCAAAAGUGCCUGAGCAAAGUCCAGGAGUGCCAAGCCAUGCUGGGUUUGUCCCUGUGCCCUCAGGGUGGGCCUUUCCCAGUCCCCACACAGCUCUGCUCUCUGGGAUGGCCAUGGAUGUGAUGGGAAACAUGCCUGGAUGCACCACUGCCUGCCAAGAUUAGAGCUGCCCAUCAAUUCAUGUGGUGGCCUCUGAGCUCAUGCAAAAUGUCCUCCUUCAGACACUUAGAAGCCAAACCUAGACUUUGACGUAUUUUGAUCUGUUUGAGAGUCAAAGGAUGUGGGGGGGUUGUGAAUCUGGUCUUCCUUGAACAAACUCCAGGUUUUCUAGGAUUGUUGUCUCAAGUUCUGCUUUCUCCCGGUAAAAAUUGAGCCUGGAUUUUGCUGGGGAAAGGAACGAAAAAAACCCAAACAAAACUCCCAGUCAGGAACUUCAGUGAGGUUUGCCCCUUCAGAAUGUGCCCACAGGCAGGGUGGGGGCAGGACACCACCCUGGUGCUGUCAUGGCUGAGGCAGACCCUGCAGCAAGGGAUGGGCUCUUGGUGAGGGAAAUCCCCAGGCAAGAUCUGGAUGGAACAUGCUUGGCCACAGAGUCCCCAAAGGCAGUGCUGAUGUGACUUUUUAUCCAUAUUAAUGUCUGGAUUACAGACUGGCAGGACCCUGAGGCCACGGGCUCCUCCACAGUGCUGCGUGAUAGCAGAGCAGGGAUGGGCACCCUAAUGGGCAUCUCCUAAUAGGGAUCUUUCCACAGGUUUCAGCCUCCCAGAGGUGCCUUUGUAGUCUCUUGUUCCUCUCAGGAACAGGUUCAAACCUGUUAAACAAUGACCUGCCAGUGUUGUGAGCCCAAGUGGGUGGGAAGUGAGCCUUCCCCUGCACACCUUUCCCGUGGUGGCAAUGCCAGGGCCCUGGGCUGGCCCUGGGGGACUUUCAGCCCAAUGGCAGCUCCAGCACUUAGUUCUGCAUAAAGUAUUAAGAGUGCAAAGAGGAGGAAAAAGAUAGAAAUAAAAUAAUCCAGCAUUUUAGGUUGGUUUUUCUCCCACUGCUCUGUACAGGGAAAACCUCAGGUGGGUAAAACCCCCUGAAAAGCCAGAAAGGGCAUGGAAAAAAUAACUUUGUUCUCCAUAUCAAUGAGGGACUCAAGUGCACGGCACGGGAGGAGUGAGUUGUGGCAGAAGGGAGCUGAGUCAGAUCUCAGGGAAGGCUUUGCCAAGGUAAGGGAUGGAGAAACUGAAACAGGCCACAAAGGUUCUGCCUUAGGAGGGCUUUGAGAAGCAGGUGGGCAAAUGCCAGAAAGGAGCACUGCCCAUGACCUUGUUGUGGGCCAGGGAGUGGUGGAGGUGCCCACAGGGCAUCUCUUCAAAAUGUGUUUGUAGUUCUGCCUCAUCCCCUCCUUUGGGUGUCCCAACCCCAAAGCAUCUCCCACCAACCAGGGCAGCUGCUGAAGCUCUCUCUUGGUUUUUGUGUUGACUCUUAAAUGCAAUAAAGAUAAAACACCUGAGAGGGAAGGAUGUGAACUGAGUGGAAAACCAGGGCAUGCAGAUGUUACUGCUGUAUUUCCCUAGUUAGAAGGCAGCAGCUCCAGCAACUUGCUCCUCAGGACCCUUCAUUGCCUGCAGCUGCAGUGGGUAAACCAUGCUGGUAAAUUAAGGUGGAGAUUUUAAAAGUUACCCUUUGAUUUGGGCUAGCUCAGAUGAGAAAUCCAAAAAUAAAACACAAACCCCUCCCCCACAAAACUAAAAAGCAAACAAACAACUUAACAUGUGAUUUCCAGAAGGACAAUUUGUUCUGUUCCCUUCCCCUGGACCUCGAGGGAAGGUCAGACCCAGCAACACUUCCCAGCUAUCACCAACAAAAUGAAGCAGGUCUCACCACUUCCAAAAAAAUCACAUCCUGAGAAAACAGUAUUUAAGACAAAGCAGUAAGAACCUCAUCACAGUGCAGCAAGGAGAGGGGUCUCUUAUCACCCCAGGAGGUGCUUUUGACCCUGAAGGCCCUUCCCCAGCCCAAGUGUUUGAAGUCCUGUUGAUUUUCACCUCUUACCAGUGCUGGUCCAUCCUGACACCUCAGCUGGGAACACUUACACCAUAGCAAGUCAUUUCUUACCAUGGAAAAGGCAACCAUAAAAGUCUUGUCUUUGAGCCUGGUGAUGUUCCUGUGACACCCAUGAGGGAGAGGGUGAUUUCCUGAUGGCAGCAGGAACAGCUUUGACACAGUCCUGCCAGGUCUUCAAAAAUCAAACUGUUAUGAGCCUCAACACCCCCCUCACUGCCCCUCCCCCCCCCCCCAGUUUAAUUUUAUACUGAGAUGCUUCAGGUCUACCUUUAGUUCUGGCCAGUUUUUAUCAAACGGGACCAUUCUUGGUGGUGCUUUUCAUCUCAGAUCAGAGCAGACCAGAAAAAGAAAGAAAAUCAUAGAAUCUCAGAAGGGUUUGCUUUGGAAGAGACCUUAAAGGCCAUCCAAUCCCACCCCUGCCAUGGGUAGGGGCACCUACCACCAGACCAGGUUGCUCCAAGCCCUGUCCAAGCCACUUAAGUCCCCACCCAAAAAAAUCCCCAAACAAACCCCUUUUCCUUGAAAUGCAUUUUUAGGAGAUUUUGGGGUGAUGGUUCCUUAUCUGAAUAGACCUCCUUAAUUGUGGGGCUGCUUGACCUGGGAGGGAUUUGAAGCAGGGUGUCCCCAGCACGAGUUUGGGUUGAUGCUGAGCCGUGCUGGCACUUCCCUCCCCUUGCUGUGGGAUGUGCCCUGUCACACCAGGGCUCAUUCCCACUGGGAAUGCAAUGGGGUCACAGUGGUGUGGCAGCUCCUUACUGACACAAGUGCCUUUCCUGGAGGUCCCCACAGGCUUCCUGGGGUGGGUGGUCUCACUGUGCUGGGAAAGGGCAGCGCUCACCUGGGGUGGAAACCUGGACCUGCCCAGACUCCAAGGUCUGGGAGUCCUCCUUCCUGCACAGGGGGUAGUUUGGGGAGCUGGUUUUGGCCAACCCAAGAAACCUGCUCUGGCAAAUGCACAUCUGGGUGCACAUGCCAGGGACAGAGGCAGGGACAGUCCCUGAGAGAACACGUGAGGAGCGCAGGGAGGGGACAAACCCUGUCCCCACUUUGUUGUGGGAUGUGCCCCUGCUGGUGGGUUUGCUCCAGGGUAGAUGCAUUGCUGCUGCCAUGGACAAGCCUUCAGGCUGGAGAGCCUUCCUCCUCCUCCUCCUGUCCCUCCCAGGGCUGUGGGCCAGAGCCAGCUGCUGCAGCAUGACAGGAGCCAUCUCAGCUGCCAGGUUUCCAUCCCCUUCAGAGUGAGGCCAGGUGCUGAAGGAGAGUCAUUUUGGGGGACACUGAAGACAGUUGAGGAUCAUCUCCUGUGCCCUGCACCCAGCAGGCUGGGGAUCAAGACACCUCAGGUGCCCCAAACCUCCUCUGCACUACCCAAACUCAGCAGGUCUGAGCCAGGGAGACCUCCUGGAGCACCCGAUAUUGCUGAAAUAGAGCAUCCACCUCGAGCUGGACAUGUUAAAAGCAGUUUUCUCCCCUUUUGGUACUGACUGAUCAUACAAACAGCCUGGAAUCAGAGCUCAGGCCAGUCUUUGUGGAGGUUGGCUCCAGCUCUGCAGGGGUGGCACAGUGGGGACAGGGAGGUGCCAGCCUGCAUUGGCUUCCCAGGUGCUUCCUCAGCAUCCGUGGGGCUGCCCCGAUCCUCCUGCAAAAGGCCCGUUUUUUAAUAACAGCAGAAGUAUUGCCCAUAUCUCCUGUGAUUUGCCAUUGGAUAGAAGGAGCUGAUGGGAGACAGGCAUCUCUCCCAAGGGAGGGUCACCUGUUCCAGGCCAUAAUUGAUUUCCUUAAUUCCAUAGCUGAGAUUAAAGAAGGAGAUGUUCACUGUCUGAUAGGGUCUUUAACCAUGUGCACUUAGUCAAUAGGUGAGUAGAUGUUGCUGCCUGUAUCUAUCUACCCUACCCAGUUGCUACGUGUGAACAAGUGUAUAUCUCCCCAGUGUUGUGGGUUCUGCCUGUGGUGACACGAUGAGGGAAGGUGGGGACUCCUGCAGCUUCCUUCUGUACAGUGUAGAGAGGAAACCUGGAACAACCCCAGGCACCGCUUGUAACUACAUUUGUUCAAGAAAUGUCAUCUUAAUCCCAAACUGUUGACACUUUAUGCAUGUGCUAAUGAAAUUUAAAAAGAAAAAAGAAAGAAUUAAUAAAGAUUUUAAGAGGUUACAGUA